AUGAAGUUCCCCUCUCUCGCCAAGCUCGCAACCCUCGCAGGCCUUGCUUUCAACUCCUGCACGGUUAGCGCCUUGACCGUUGGAGAAGCGGUGGUGUUUCCCGGUUACCAAUGUGACUCCAAUGGCCAAGUACUCCAGUUCGAUCUGAGUGCAAAUCGCCAUGUGUUCACAAUCUCGGGAUCAGGCGGGGCUGUCUUGAAUUGGCUGAAUCCUGGGUGUUCGGUGUUUUUGUGCUUUGCCGGUUAUGGGUGUGGAGAUGGCCAAUCUGGCAUGCAGCAAUUGAAGCCGAAUACGUGCUUGUUUUCUAAGGCAGGAGACGAGUGGAGAGUGUGGGAUAAGAUGAUCUUCGCCUGUGAUUAG